UCAGUGGUGGGUAUUGAAAGUACGUCGUCCUAUGUAUGUCGUCCAUAUGUGUGUAUUUUUUUUAUUGUUGAAAUUAUAAUUGGUUUUUCGUGAAAAAUUUACAAUUUUCCAUUAAUUUUCAAUAAACAAACAGUGUAAACAAAUUGUGUGUAUGAAUAAAAAAUCAGUGUGUUUUUCAGAUUAAUUGAAUUUUUAGUGCAUAUUGUGGUGUUAUAUUUUAUACGGAGGUGUGGAACCAUUCUACACGUAUAUAUUUUGAAAUCACCAUUACGUUUUUACAAGAGUUGUAAUGGUUUCGAGACGACGAAUUUUAUCUAGGUCUCGCGAUGAUCUGCACUUAGAUUCUACCUUUCAACAGCCAGAAGACGAAGAAGAUGUUUGGUAUCAAAAAGACAAAUUAUAUAAGGACCACAUACAAGAAGUACUGGACAAAUGGACACAAAUUGACGAUGAAAUAUGGGCAAAAGUCAUAGUUUUAGAAAGAAAUAGACGAGUUGCCAAAGCUUAUGCACGUGCACCAGUUUUAACUGUCAAUGGAUCAGAUGAUGGAUUUGAUGGUUUCAGAAUUGGGCUAUGCGGUUUUGACAAUCCAAUGAGAGAUCAAAAAACUGAAGAACUUCGAAGACACAUUGGCCAUGGAGUUAAAAUCAAGAUGGACGACGCUGGUAACAUUCUAAUAAAACGGAUAUCCAAAUGUAAUGUUUAUGUCAAAAGUCCAGGACCAAAUGAUGAAAAUGCAAUUGGAAAUGAAAUAUUAAAAUUACCUGGAUGCGCUUUAGAACCAGAAAAACCAGUCAAGUUAUUCGAUAUGAAAAAAUUCCAAUCGAAUUUGAAUCGUGAAUUAAGGCGAGCUUAUCCCGAUAGACGUCAUCUAGAGUGUCAAUGCCUUAGUAUUGUAGCAUUUGUAAAAGCAGAAGCAAAUAUUUUAGAAUGUCCUAUAUGGAUUUUAAUUAUAAACGUCGUUGCAAUGGACAUGCUCAAAUCUAAAUUACCACCAGUGCAACGCGUUAUGGAUAUUAAGAAUAGACCAAGAAUUCCAAUACCAGAUGAGGACCCAUAUAGUGUAGCUGGAAAUGGUGGACUCGGUGAAAGUUCCAGUGGUUUUAGUUCGAGUGUUGCUGGUGGUAUAGUUGCAGCAACCAGAGAACAAUUACUUUUACAAACACAACAACUUGCCCAAAGACGUAGUGAAAAACCACCAAAGCUGCCACCUAGAGAAAAUUUAUAUCCUCAUGAUAUUCCUAAACCGGAUUACGAUGAUAUAGAUGAGGAAAACAAUCGAUUGCUUCCAAAACAAUUUCCAAAUUCACGAGGCAAAGAUAAAUUGAAAAAGCAUAAAAAAUAUGAUGAUCCCUAUUACUGUGGUUUACAAGCACGAGUACCAAACUUUGUAAAAUCAAAGUCAAAAGAAUUAGCACGUGAUGCUCGUGAAUUAUCAGUGAAUCCUGGUAAUGCAUCGUCAAAACGUAUACCUCAAUCAAGUGGAGUUCCAAUGCCAUUAGCUGGACAUCAUUCUCAACCAAUACAUCCUGGACUUAGUCAUGCUCAUAUACAACAGCAACAACAGAGUAUGAUGUGGCAUGCGAGAAGUUUUGAAAAUGGAAUCGAUAAUAGUGAAUCACCUUAUAAUCAAAUUUAUGGACGUCUUCCAAUACCAACAAGAGGAUAUAUUCCCAGUCAACCUAGAACAAUGUACAUUGGAGAAUGGGAUUGAAAUCUUCUCAUAUCGAUCGUAGCUAGAAUGUGCGAAUAAAUAAAUUAAAAACUAUAUAAUUAUUAAUUAUUAUUAUAAAUAAAUAUUAGGCUAUUUGGCACUGUUGUUGAUUGAAAAGUUUUACCAUUAAAAGAAAAAAAAAAAAA